UUGUGGGUGGGGGAGAAAGGAGCCCCCAGGGCUGAUCAAGUCAUUCCUUCCAUGUGAUGAGGGGCCGCCAGCAGAGCCCCUGUUCUUCCCUGCUGGAGGGGACACCACGCCUGUCCUACAAGUGCCACUGUCUGGGUAGGUGAGUGUCAGGCCCGCUGAGCCUCCGCACAGCAGCCAGCCAUGCCCGGGAUCGUGGUGUUCCGGCGGCGCUGGUCUGUGGGCAGCGAUGACCUCGUCUUGCCAGCUAUCUUCCUCUUCCUCCUGCACACCACCUGGUUUGUGAUCCUGUCUGUGGUGCUCUUCGGCCUGGUCUACAACCCGCACGAGGCCUGCUCCCUGAACCUGGUGGACCACGGCCGCGGCUACCUGGGCAUCCUGCUGAGCUGCAUGAUCGCCGAGAUGGCCAUCAUCUGGCUGAGCAUGCGCGGGGGCAUCCUCUACACGGAGCCCCGCGAAUCCAUGCAGUACGUGCUCUACGUGCGCCUGGCCAUCCUGGUGAUCGAGUUCAUCUAUGCCAUCGUGGGCAUCGUCUGGCUCACUCAGUAUUACACCUCCUGUAAUGACCUCACUGCCAAGAACGUCACCCUCGGGAUGGUCGUCUGCAACUGGGUGGUCAUCCUCAGCGUCUGCAUCACUGUCCUCUGUGUGUUCGACCCCACGGGCCGCACCUUCGUCAAGCUCAGAGCCACCAAGAGGAGGCAGCGCAACCUGCGGACCUACAACCUGCGGCACCGCUUAGAGGAGGGUCAGGCCACCAGCUGGUCACGCCGGCUCAAAGUGUUCCUCUGCUGCACCAGGACGAAGGACUCGCAGUCAGAUGCCUACUCGGAAAUCGCCUACCUCUUCGCUGAGUUUUUCCGAGACCUCGACAUCGUGCCGUCCGACAUCAUCGCCGGCCUGGUGCUGCUCCGGCAGCGGCAGAGGGCCAAGCGCAACGCCGUGCUGGACGAGGCCAACAAUGACAUCUUGGCCUUCCUGUCUGGGAUGCCCGUGACCAGAAACACCAAGUACCUCGACCUCAAGAACUCGCAAGAGAUGCUGCGCUACAAAGAGGUCUGCUACUAUAUGCUCUUCGCCCUGGCCGCCUACGGCUGGCCCAUGUACCUGAUGCGGAAGCCCGCCUGCGGCCUCUGCCAGCUGGCGCGGUCCUGCUCGUGCUGCCUGUGCCCCGCGCGGCCCCGGUUUGCCCCUGGAGUGACCAUCGAGGAGGACAACUGCUGUGGCUGCAAUGCCAUUGCCAUCCGGCGCCACUUCCUGGACGAGAACAUGACCGCAGUGGACAUCGUCUACACCUCCUGCCACGAUGCGGUCUACGAAACCCCCUUCUACGUGGCCGUGGACCAUGACAAGAAGAAGGUGGUGAUCAGCAUCCGGGGAACCCUGUCCCCCAAGGACGCCCUGACAGACCUGACCGGUGACGCCGAGCGCCUCCCUGUGGAGGGGCACCAUGGCACCUGGCUGGGACACAAGGGGAUGGUCCUCUCGGCUGAGUACAUCAAGAAGAAGCUGGAGCAGGAGAUGGUUCUGUCCCAGGCCUUCGGGCGAGACCUGGGCCGAGGAACCAAACACUACGGCCUGAUCGUGGUGGGCCACUCCCUGGGUGCAGGCACCGCUGCCAUCCUCUCCUUCCUCCUGCGUCCCCAGUACCCGACCCUCAAGUGCUUCGCCUACUCCCCACCAGGCGGCCUGCUGAGUGAGGACGCCAUGGAAUACUCCAAAGAAUUUGUGACCGCCGUGGUUCUGGGCAAAGACCUCGUCCCCAGGAUUGGCCUCUCCCAGCUGGAAGGCUUCCGCAGACAGCUCCUGGACGUCCUGCAGCGGAGCACCAAGCCCAAAUGGCGAAUCAUCGUGGGGGCCACCAAGUGCAUCCCCAAGUCGGAGCUGCCCGAGGAGGUGGAGGUGACCACCCUGGCCAGCACGCGGCUCUGGACACACCCCAGCGACCUGACCAUCGCCCUGUCGGCCAGCACCCCGCUCUACCCGCCCGGCCGCAUCAUCCACGUGGUCCACAACCACCCAGCGGAGCAGUGCUGCUGCUGCGAGCAGGAGGAGCCCACGUACUUCGCCAUCUGGGGUGACAACAAGGCCUUCAACGAGGUGAUCAUCUCGCCAGCCAUGCUGCAUGAGCACCUCCCCUACGUGGUCAUGGAGGGGCUCAACAAGGUGCUGGAGAACUACAACAAGGGGAAGACGGCCUUGCUCUCUGCUGCCAAGGUCAUGGUGAGCCCCACCGAGGUGGACCUGACGCCUGAGCUCAUUUUCCAGCAGCAGCCGCUGCCCACGGGGCCGCCCGUGCCCGCUGGCCUCGCCGUGGAGCUGCCCGCCGCGGAUCCCCGGAACAGCAGCGUCAGGAGCAAGUCCCAGUCUGAGAUGAGCCUGGAGGGCUUCUCGGAGGGGCGGCUGCUGUCCCCAGUGGCCGCGGUGGCAGCGGCCCGCCAGGACCCCGUGGAGCUGCUGCUGCUGUCCACGCAGGAGCGGCUGGCGGCGGAGCUGCAGGCGCGCCGGGCGCCACUGGCCACCAUGGAGAGCCUCUCGGACACGGAGUCGCUGUACAGCUUCGACUCGCGCCGCUCCUCGGGCUUCCGCAGCAUCCGGGGCUCGCCCAGCCUGCACGCCGUGCUGGAGCGCGACGAGGGCCACCUCUUCUACAUCGACCCCGCCAUCCCCGAGGAGAACCCGUCCCUGAGCUCGCGCACCGAGCUGCUGGCGGCCGACAGCCUGUCUAAACACUCGCAGGACACCCAGCCCCUGGAGGCAGCCCUGGGCAGCGGGGGCGCUACCCCUGAGCGGCCCCCCAGUGCCACAGCCCAUGAAGAGGAGGAAGAGGCGGGUGGCGGGGCGGCCCCCCACGGAGAGCUGGCACUGCACAACGGGCGCCUGGGGGACUCGCCCAGCCCUCAGGUGCUGGAGUUCGCCGAGUUCAUCGACAGCCUCUUCAACCUGGACAGCAAGAGCAGCUCCUUCCAGGACCUCUACUGCAUGGUGGUGCCCGAGAGCCCCACCAGCGACUACGCUGAGGGCCCCAAGUCCCCCAGCCAGCAAGAGAUCCUGCUCCGCGCCCAGUUCGAGCCCAACCUGGUGCCCAAGCCCCCGAGGCUCUUCGCUGGCUCGGCCGACCCCUCCUCCGGCAUCUCACUCUCGCCCUCCUUCCCGCUCAGCUCCUCGGGCGAGCUCAUGGACCUGACGCCCACGGGCCUCAGCAGCCAGGAGUGCCUGGCAGUGGACAAGAUCCGGACUUCGACCCCCACCGGCCGUGGGGCCAGCCCCACCAAGCAGGAUGACUUGGUCAUCUCGGCACGCUAGCACCCCGGGAGCGACUGUCGCCUGAGGCCCAGGUCCGAGCAGGUAGCCCCUCCGGCUCCUGGUGGCUGCCUCCAGGGCCGGGCCGCUUUGAGGAGAGGCCCCCAGAGGCCAGUUUAGCCUCAGGCACGGGGCACUGCCGCUGAGCUGGGGGUCCGCAUCCCUACCUCAGCUUAGGAUCCCCAGAGCCAAGGCGGCUGGGAUCUAGGCCCUCCAGAGAGGGGAGGGGUGUGGAGCAGGGAGGAGCCUGGGGCAGCCUGCCAGGUGGGCAGCGCAGCACCGGCCCACAGGGGCAUCCUGGCGCCCCCUGUUCCAGGACGGGCAUUGGGCGUGCUGACUCCCCAUCACUGCCCUCUGGCUGCUCUCCCAGGGCCGAGAUGGAGAGCAGCGCCCUCCCCACAUAUUCUCAUCUGUGGUCCAGGCUGGCAUCUGCCCUGGCCACCCCCCAGAUCCGGUGCCUGCUGGCCAGCCCCCUGGGGUGACCACCCACGAAGGUGGCCCGCAGUGCUGUGUAUGUUUACAGAAGCUGCUGGGCUGCGCUCAGGGUGUUUCCUGGGCUUGCAAGCCCCCACCCCCCAAUCAUGUGUCCAGUGACCCCACUCUGAGCAGGUCAGGGGACAGCCUCCACAAGGCCCAAGUCAGCCGAGCGACCUUGAGGGGUGUGUAAGAGGGGUGGGGUCAGGAGCGUCCCUUCUCUGCUCGGUGCCCCUCAUGCUGAUCCCUCUGUCACAGGGUCCUGGGCAUCCAGGCCUGCCCCGCCUGCCCAUUGCUUCCUGGCUUGCCUUCUACCCCCAGGGAUCCUGGCCACUCAAAGGGUGGAGAACACAAGUAUGACCACCCCUGGCUGCAGAGUCAGUGCCCUGGAAGGAAGAAGGGCGCCCAAAUCCCCUGCCCUUGAGGGUCCCAUGUAGCCCCUUUGUAUCACCUACCCACCGUGUACCGGCAGCCCAGCCCUGGCAUCUGAAACCAACCCCAUCUCCACUCCCCUCAGCUCCUGGUCCUCGCUGCCUCUCUCCUAGGAGUGGGGCUCCUUCCAUCUCCAUGUCCUGUUGGCAAAGAGUGGGGCCAAGAGUGGAGUGUUGUGGGACCUGGCCAAAGACCCUCUGCCCACUGCCUGGGGGGCGGGGGGCCGGAGGGGGCAGGAGGGCCAGGAGCUCUGGGGCUGUCCUGGUUUAGCCAGAGGCCUCCACAGCCCCCGUUUGAGGGUUUUUUUUCCCCUGCUGGGUUGGGGGAGCGGUGGGGAGGCGGCGCCCCGGCCUUUCCCCAGAGGCCGAGUGGGGAAGGUGUGCAUGCUCUCGGGGGCAUGUGUGUGCAUGUGCAUGAGUGUGCACCCUUCUUGAGGAAGGGACUGCUGGCGCGCACACCCCACCCCACCCCACCCGCCCUCCCUGCCUGCUGCCCUCCCCAGCCUGCCAAGGAACCACGGUGGGGGCUUGCGCGCGGGGGCACGGGGCCAGCUCAGUUUCCGAUGUCGCCCGUUCCCCUCGUCCUGCCUGCUGCUCUGACCCCCCGUUUGGAAAACUGGUGUGUGCCGAGGCGUAGACCGCCCGCUUGUGCCUUCGUCUCCUCGGAGGCAGGCUCCCCCCCCACCCCGGCCACAGCCUCCCCGCAUCGGCCAGGCCCCCCUGACCAAGACGCCCCUCCAUCUCAUGACCACUGGUGUCUGGGGCCUGCGUCCUAACCCCACCACACACACAGCUGGGACCCCUGCCCACCCUGACAGACGGCGUCAGAGACCUGGGAGCUGGGCCUUCCUCACUCUCUGUGACUCCCACCCCUCCCCAGGCUCCAGGACCCCGCCCCUGCUGAGGGCCCCGCUGCUGGCCCAGCCCGGGCCCAGCACAGAAGCAAGAUGGAAUCAGUGGCUCUCGGAGUUUAAAAACAAGACAAAUCACAAAUCAGAGUCAAGUUCCAACAAGCACCCCGGCCAAUAGCAGGGAGAGACUUGGUGCCUGGCCUUUUAAUUCCUCCCCUGCCAGGGUGGGCCCCGGGACCUCUGAGGGGGCCUGGUGCCCACCCCUGCCCAGGACUGAGCCAUCAGGGACAGACUCCCCGCCCCCAAGGCUGCAGCCACACUGGGUUACAGGCUUGGGGCUGGGGCAGGCUCGGACUCAGCCCUGGGUGCCCCCGGGUCAGCCCCCUCCCUGCCCCCUCCCCACCUCACCCCCAAAGGAUGGGCCUGCUGCAGGUCUCUCCCCUCCUCCCCCCACCACUCUUGGGGGGUCUGAGCCACCCCCCUCAACCCAGCUCGGCUCAGACCGACCCCCACUCUGUCCCCCAGACCCGCAGCACAAGCUCUCCCAGCCAUGCGCUGGCCUGUCCUCGCAGGGGCCCGGGGGAGCUCCAUAUGCAAUCGGCGGCGAGCAGCCGGGCCCCACAGACCCUCCUGCACGCUCCGUGCCAUCCUCCCCUGACUUUUUUUGUACUUAAUGUAUGAAAGAUCCAAACUAAUAUUGCUGUAAAAAGGAGAGACAAGUUAAUAUAGCUUAUUCUAUAAAUAUAUCUGUAUAUAACGGUUUCUGUAUAUUGUAUAGAGCUGUGUAUAAACUGGAUGUAGAAGCGUG